AUGCCUACGGCAAAGUGGUCUCGUUUCGUUGCCACCCAACGCCUUUAUCGAUCCUCACAGACUGUCACGGUCGUUGGGGAGAAGGCUUACAUUUUUGGAGGCGAAUUGGUACCACGCCACCCCGUUGAUAAUAAGUUCGAUAUUGUCGAGAUUUCGCCUGCCUCCGAAGCCUCGGUAUGGACCAUUGCCCCGCCGACCGAAGCUCCUGUCCCACGCGUUGGUAGCGCGAGCACCGCCCUUGAGGAUAAAAUAUGGAUAUUCUCAGGCCGCGGCGGACUCGACAUGAAGCCUGUUGAGGAGGAGGGGGCAUUUUGGUGCUACGAACCCAAAGCGUCUAGCUGGCUAUUGGUCAAGCCCGCCGACGAAGCGGCGCCUUACCCAGCUGGAAGAAGCUACCACUGCGUGACCUCGAAUGACACCAACAAGAUAUACCUGCAUGCCGGGUGUCCAGAGUCUGGACGCUUGUCCGACUUUUGGUCUUUUGACAUCAAGACCAACUCCUGGACUGAGCUGCCCUCUGCACCGGCGCCUGCGAGAGGCGGUGCCUCCAUCGCGUUCAGUCAGGGCAAGGUAUACCGCAUAAACGGCUUUGAUGGGAAGAAAGAGCUAGGAGGUGGCCUUGACGUUUUCGAUGUUGCCUCGCAGUCGUGGAUCACGCUCUCGUAUACACCAGAUGGCAUCCAAGGGCCUGAGCCGCGGAGUGUCGGCACCCUGCUGGCGCUGACCAUCCAGGGCAGAGCGCAUCUCGUGACCGUGUUCGGUGAGCGCGAUCCCAGCGCUCUUGGACACGCGGGCGCGGGCAAGAUGCUGGCUGAUGCGUGGGCUUGGGACAUUGAGCAGGCAAAAUGGCACAAGCUGAAGACGGAGGGCGAAGUUCCGGAGCCACGCGGAUGGUUUGACGCGGAUGUUUCUCGGGAUGAGGUCGGCGACGCCGUUAUUUUGCAUGGCGGCAUCAAUGAAGAGAAUAAGCGACUGGGCGAUGUUUGGAAAUUAAGCUUCUAG